GUCUGGGUUUCAGUAUUGCAGGAGGGGUGGGAAACCAACACAUCCCUGGGGACAACAGCAUUUAUGUCACCAAGAUUAUUGACGGAGGAGCUGCGCAAAAAGAUGGGAGGUUGCAGGUUGGAGAUAGACUUCUUAUGGUAAAUAACUACAGUUUAGAAGAAGUUACCCAUGAAGAGGCAGUAGCGAUACUGAAGAACACAUCAGAUGUAGUGUAUCUGAAGGUUGGAAAGCCCACCACCAUUUACAUGACUGAUCCUUAUGGCCCACCAGAUAUUACUCACUCUUAUUCUCCACCAAUGGAAAACCAUAUACUCUCCUCUGGAAACAAUGGCACUUUAGAGUACAAGGCAUCCCUGGCCCCUAUCUCACCAGGAAGAUACUCACCCAUUCCAAAGCACAUGCUUGUGGAGGAUGACUACACCAGGCCUCCUGAACCUGUUUACAGCACUGUGAACAAACUGUGUGAUAAACCACCUUCUCCUAGGCACUAUUCCCCUGUCGAGUGUGACAAAAGCUUCCUUCUUACAGCUCCCUAUCCCCACUACCACGUAGGCCUGCUCCCUGACUCUGAGAUCACCAGUCAUUCCCAGCACAGCACUGCAACGCGUCCACCCACAGUGAGCUUGCAGCGGACCAUUUCUGUGGAAGGAGAACCUCGAAAAAUCAUCCUGCACAAGGGCUCCACAGGACUUGGUUUUAACAUUGUGGGAGGAGAAGAUGGGGAAGGCAUUUUCGUGUCUUUCAUCCUAGCAGGCGGGCCUGCUGAUCUCAGCGGAGAGCUGCAGAGGGGAGAUCAAAUUUUGUCUGUGAACGGUAUCGAUCUUCGAGGUGCUACCCAUGAGCAGGCUGCAGCUGCGCUCAAAGGAGCAGGGCAGACGGUAACAAUCAUAGCACAAUACCAGCCAGAGG